AUGCGCCGUUAUGCCUUCUCGCUGACCACGGUCUUUUACCUAACGGCGCUGUCCCUCCUCUUCGUCUACCAUCAGCACCACCCUUCAACGGUUGCACCGACCGCCCACCACUGCACGCCCCGGCGCAACAUCGUCCUCCUGAAGACGCACAAAUGCGCCAGCAGCGCUGUGCAGAAUAUCUUCCUCCGCUACGGACACACCCACAACUUGACCUUUGCCCUACCCUACCGGAUACCGCGCGUCAACUAUUUCCACCCACUGGAAGCCUUCCAUCCCUCCAUGGCACUACCACUGGACGCCCCCUCCUCGGCCUACAACAUCCUGUGCCACCACACCCGCUUCUCCCCGGCCCUUGCCGCCCUCAUGCCGCCGGACACCGUCUUCGUCACCAUCCUCCGCCAACCGUCCGCCCUCUUCGAAUCCGCCUUCAGCUUCUUCAACCUGCCUAAGCGCUUCGGCGCCAACCUCACCACCUUCCUCCAGGAUCCUGAGCGCUACUUCACCUUCCGCCCCACCAUCGUCUGGAGCCGGUUCGGCCGUAACCCCGCCAUGUAUGAUGCCGGGUUGGAGGUCACCGACUACGACAACGACACGGCCAUCGCAGCGAAGAUCCGGGAACUGGACGCGCGGUUCGAUCUGGUGAUGCUGGCGGAGGAGAUGGAGGCGUCGCUGGUGCUGCUGCGGGAGCUCCUGUGCUGGGAGUGGCAGGACGUCGUGACCUUUCGGGUCAACGCCCGUCCGCCCGCCAUGGUCACCGCCUUGACGGAAACGGAGGUGGAGAAGAUUAACGAGUGGAAUCACGCCGAUACGUUGCUGUAUGAGCACUUCCGCCGGAAGUUCCAGGAGCGGAAGGCACGGUUUGGAGCUGAACGGUUAGACGCGGAAGUGAAGACGUUAAAAGGUCACCGAACAUUGGCGGAAAAUGUGUCGGGGACCAUUGGGCAACUUGGAUGA